AUCACCCCUCCACACCAUGUCUCGCCCCGUAUACCUCGCUCUCCACCCCGGAGGCCCCAACUCUCGCACGCACUUUGCAGUAUUCAUCCCGCACGCCAGCCUGGCGGACACAGACCUCAGCGCAUCCUCGUUUAAAGACGCGCCCUGCACGGGCACGAUUGUGCAGGUCGUGGGCGAGCCCUUGAUGUCGGGCUACGCGCUCGAGUUCAAGCGCAACUUUGACUGCAGCACGGCCCAUGAUCUCCGCAAGCUGGUUCUUCUCGGCACGGUUGACGAGAAGCACAUUCACGAUAGUGGCAAUGUCACGGGCGGCGUGUCCGUGGUAGAUGCUGUGCCGAGAUCGAGACUGGAGACGGAGGCGUCGCGGGUUCCUCCGCCGCCAAAGGGGCAGGAUAUGCGCCUCCCAAUCGACGGUGUAAAUACGAAGCGCUGCCAAGAGUGGACAAUGGAGUUUAUUAGGCGACUGGUUGGCCAAGGCCUCAUCCAGGCUGAAGCCGUUGACAUUGUGCAGAGCCAUCGCGACUCGCCCACGCGGGGCAUCAUUGGAAUGAAGAGGAAUCAUUAACUCGAGUCUUUAUAUUCGACAUGGCUUCAUACAGCAACGAAUUGGCACUAGCCACAGAGAAUAUCCCCGCCAUUGAAUGCAUAGCCCUGA